AUGGAACAAGAACCAUUACAACAAUCAUUAAUAUCUAUGUUUAAUGAGCCAAUCGUUAGUGAUGAUGCUAUUCGAAUUUAUGAACGAUCAGUACCGGUAGCUCAUCAAAGACAUUUUGAACCGUCAGAUGUUGAUCGAAGACUCUAUGAAACAUAUGUAGCUUCUUUAUCAAUUACUGCUCAGAAAUUAGCAACCGAUUCGAGUUUUUCGCAAAAAGAUUCGCCACAUUGA